AUGGGGUGUCUAGGAAAUAGGUUGGAGACGUCCGAGGUGGACGACAACACGAACGGGAACACCGUACUGGCCACACACAGCUCAUGUUGCGUCGCUACAGAGGAGCUGUGCCAAACGCCGAAGAAGGUCCACGCUAGGGGCUCACAACCAGAAAGAAGCCUCAGUUCAGACCAAUGCAAGUAUCCUGGUUAUUGUCGCAACAAGAGGGCAUUCAAGAGGAAUGGAGAACGCCACUGGCUCUGCGCUGAACAUCGCGAUCAUCAGAAUACUAUGCAGCGUGAUCGCUACCGGAAAACUACUAAGAAGGAUGGCAAGAAGGAAACAAAGAAGAAAACUACGGCAAUCAAAAAACGGAAGAUCCAGAAUUCUACGUCUUUGAGCACCAAAAAUAAGGGAUCAACUCCUGCAUCUACGGCUUCGAUUGAAGAUUCCUGUUCAAGCACAAGCCGUGAUAACGUAGUUGUGGAGCAUGUCGAGCUGGAUGUACCUGCGGUGAGCAACGCUCAGCGACCACGUGCUGUCGAAGAGCAGGGUGGUGAAACUGACGCUGGCAAUACGGUCAGUAUUUGA